AUGCCCUAUCAUCCUAUGUGUGGUGAGAUGAUGUAUAGAAGAAAUAUGGAAUGUGCUGUGCCGUGCCGUGAAUUAUUCAUUGAUGUUGACGACUGCCAUAAGAAAGUUUGUAAGGAUGUUAAAGAUCGCACAAGUUGUAAACAAUCGUGUGAGUAUUUGCAAAGGAUAUAUGCCGAAAAGCCUGGAAUAUGUAUGCAAUCUACCGAAGCCACUCUGUCUGAUGAGUGCUCGGCAAUAUGUCGUUGGGAUGGGGACUGUAGUGAGGCCAAUAAGUGUUGUGUUGUUGGAUGCAGUAGAAGAUGUCUGAAACCAGUCACUCAAGAUGCUCGACUGUUGCCGAUUCCGACUCGCGUUAGCGUUCAAGAACGUAAACGAAAACGAUCGGCCAUAGUGCGGUGGGUAAUGCAACAGAUGAAACGUCAUCAUACGACAACGAAUGCUAAUCUUUAUGUUCUACAGUGGCGAUGGAGCGUUCGAAAAGAUGAAGCUACAAUGACUGAUUGGCAGACCAUUAUGGUGAAGAACAAAAUGUACGCCAUCAUGAAACAUCUUCUCUCGCCUGGUCGCUAUUAUACGUUCCGUGUAGCAGCAGUGAAUGUUCAUGGCAGUCUGGGAUUUUCGGCGAGUAGUCCACCUUUCAAGCUUUCUAAAGAGGCACGAGCACCAGCUCAGCCACGCGAUUUGACUCUGGGAUCGGCUAAUGAAGACUCGGACGGAUUUUGGACGCAAAAGCUCUCAUGGAAGCCACCACAGUCUGAUCUUCCAAUAAAAAACUAUAUUUUAUCAUGGCAAAAGUCUUUUGCUGAAAAAGCUGCUGCAUAUGAGAGGAUGAUGCGAAUGCAAAGUGAGCUUGGACAUCAAGAAAAACGUUCGACGAGUCACGAAGAAGAUGACGGUAGUGAUGGGAGUUUCAUGUAUCAAGAGCAGCAGAGCAUCAUCGUGCCACCGUAUGAAACUUCUGCUUUCAUUGACGGUCUUUUACCACUGUCCAUUUAUUUGGUGAAGGUACGUGCAUGUGUGGAUUCAUCAGACGGUGAAUUGCAUGGUGACAACGCAAUAAUAUUCGUUCAUACGGCAGAGUCAUCAGCCGUCAAUAAUACGAAUAAAAGUGUAUCCCAUAUACAAAGCAACAACACGCAGACAUUAAUGCAACACGAAAGCGAAACUCAUACUGUUGCAUCUCUUGAGAUCAAAACACCGUAUUAUGAAAAGCACGAUUUGAAAACAAGCGUCAGCUGGUUAAAUUCAAAGGAUUGUUCUCCGAUCAGGACAACUUUCGUUGUCAGGUGGCGUUUAAUGGAAUGUCAAUCAAACGAUGAGCAAAAACGAACAUUUUAUGACUUGGAUACAUCUGGAGAAGACGAGGCUGAAAUUAGAAUGAAUGAGUGUGUUGCAGUUUUGGAUGGACUCAAUUUUGGAUGCUCUUAUACGGUGGAAGUGAGGAAACUGGGUGAAAAAGAGUUGACGGCGUCUGGUGAGUUCAGAACUAAAAGCUGCAAGUUAACACCAUCAGCUGAAACAGUUCCACGUGAAGAGGUCGAUCAAGCACAGCUAUUAUCUUGUACUACGGAUGCGUUACAAUUACGAGCAAACUGUAGAUGGCGUAUCAAUAAAACUGAAUUACAAUCAGAUACGAAUCUGAAUUCUUAUGAAACUACGUUGGUUGGAUUCAGAGUCUCGUUGCAGACAGUAUCUCAGAAUGCUGUAUCGAACAAUAUAAGUAUAAUUCCAGCAAAUAUUCGUGAUAUUCAGUUCACUCAUUUACAAAUCAAUACACACUAUAAUGUUCGGGUGGAAGCAAUUCUGAAUCGAGGACUCGGUGAAACGAUGAAUGCAACUUUUGUGAUCGAACCAUCAGAACAAAUUGUUAAUUCACAGUCAUCAUCUUCAUCGAAUGACAUUCAAUCGCUUGAUCAAUAUUCAACAAACGAUGGGGAGGAAGGAAGUAGUAACAACAAAAGAUUAUUCAGUCAGACGAUUGGUGGCUUCAGUGGUGCUGAAGUUAUCGAAUUACCUCUUGGAAGUAGUGCAGUUACAGAUGUGAGGUGGCUCUAUAGAGAUGUUUUUAUUUGUUUCUGUCUAAACUAUAUUUUUCGGAAUAUAUCGUGA